ACAUUUUAAUGGAUGGUGUAAUGUUUUACAGUAAGGAAAAUAGUACUGUCAAAUACAUUACAGGAUCUCUUCUCACCAAUUCGGAAAAGCAUAGAAAAAUAAAGAAUAGAAUGAGAGAUGAGCACCAGUUACUCUGUGGGUAAAAAGGCAGGUGUUAAGGGACAUAUCAAGCUUGUGUGUGGUCAUCCAAACUCAGUGAGCUCUUGGAAGAAUGGGGCAAUGUAGGGGUUGAGAACAGCUGGCUUCCUCUGGGCCACCUUGUCAUGCACUUUGUCCCAUCUUCAGGGUUAAUCUUGGGUUAAUUCAAACCAGGAAUCUGUACAGCCAUAUAUCCAAUAUAGUUUAUGGAAUCAAUUGAGGCAUUGAACAAAUGCAAAUAAGACAGCUAGAUAAACCUACUUCAAACCUUUGCUAACUAUACUGAUCAAAAAUAUACUGUAUAUAUAAAUGUAAAGUGUUGGUACUAGGGAUGCAAAAUAUAUCUGUGAACAUAUCGGAAUAGGCCGAUAUUAGCUAAAAAUGCCAACAUCGGUAUCGGGCCGAUGUGAAAAACGUCAAAGCUUACGUGCAUACCAAAAAACUUAGGUACAUGAUGUAAUGACGCCACAUAAAAUUUGCACUACACGUGCAACACAGCAUUCCUAACCUAGCCCACAAUGUCUGCUGUGUGGAUCGAGCACUCAUUUCAAAGAGUAAGAAUAUUUCAGCGAAACAACUCAAAAGUGAAAUCCAUUAAUGGCAAGAUAAUGGAAUUCAUUGACAAUCAACCGCUUUGUCGUGGUUGAUGUUGGCUUUUGCGACUGGUCGAGCACCGGUACACACUAACGUUACCACGUGUGCUAUUGUUCAGAUGUUACCCUACUGGAGUUACACAGUAAUAGCGUCACUGUUAUUAGCUUCACGACAUACUAUGGAACGCCGUUUCGGUCUUUGCGUAUCAAAAAAGAUGCACGUCAAAUAACACUAUUUGACAAUAACACUUUGACGUGUUAAAUUAGCUUUUAAUUUGACACAUCAAAUAACACCGUUCUAAUAUAGAAUGUUGUCUUCUGAAUUUUCACGUGCAAGCCAAGCACCACCACUACUAUCAGUAGCACUGUCAAAGCGGUAAAACAAAAAGUCUGCAAACAUUGGCCACGAACAAUCUGUUUAUAAUACCGCGUAGGUAAUAAACCAUUAUUUGUUUGACCGCAACUUCUGGGGUAGCUAGCUAGCUUUAGCUUGGUACCUAGAUAGUACCAAUACAACCAGCCUGAAAACAAUGACCAGUAGAAACUGCAGUCAUUUUCACUAUUCUUAGAAAUGAUUUAGUAAUCCUUGUGAUUUAAGUAUUAGCUUGGUAGCCACUUGUUGUUCGCCUAUUGAAAUUGAACUUCAGUUCAUGAAAAUAAAUAGCUAGCCAGUUAAUUAACUCUGUUGCCCAAAGCUAACGUUAUAAGCAGCCAGAUAGCUUCAUCUGCCUAGUGAGGCUCGACCUGACCGGGUUGUGUGUUGUGAAGAAAGACACUAAGGAUUAGACACAAUAUUGGAGUUUGCCUUCAAAAUAAAAGUACCUCUUUGAAAGUGAUGCAGAAGGUUACAAUUGGUGGAAUCAUGCCAUAUUUAGACUAGAUAAUGUUAAAGAAGGUUGGAAUGUGAAGCAAUGAAGUGGGGGUUCAGUCUACUCGGUGACACCCACAGAACACAACUGUGAAGAGUUUAUGCAAAUAUUAGCGUUGUAGCUCAUAUCGCGGGACUGUGACUUGUGUGAAAUCACCUCCCCAGUCAGCCUAUUGACAUUCAUAUUGCGCUGUACAGCUUUACCGAAGGAUUGGGGAUCAAUGAAAUGGGGUAACAGUCUACUCAAUACCCAAUAUAUUUUUUCCCAGCGUCCUCCUCAGAGUUAUCAGGCUCCUAAACAUCCACACAGUAUUGUUUUUCCUCGAAUAGUGUUCAAUACACAUUGGUUGACAAUAAAUGUGGCUCAAUUCAGUUGUUUCAGAGUCUGAGCUAUGAUGCUAAUGUUCUCUGGGUGUCACUGAGCAGACUGAUAACCCAUGUCAUUGAGCCACAAUCCAUAGAGAAGGCUGUACACAGUGAAAUAAAUAAACUGUACUAGAAUGCUUAAAAGGCCGCAGGAUUUUUUUUGGCAAGGAAAAUAUUGGAUAUUGGUAUCGGCCAAAGAUGUCAUAUCGGUGCAUCAUUAGUUGGUACCAUGUUUCAUGAGCUGAAAAAGAAGAUCCCAGAAUUGCAUGUGUCUGCACCUAUUUGUCUCUACAGUCCCGUUGUUCCAUAAGUUGUAUUUUUACCUGUGUUUUUAAAAUCUGAUUCUACUGCGUGCAUCAGUUACCAUGGAUCUACAGUUGAAGUCUGACGUUUACAUACACUUAGGUUGGAGUCAUUAAAACUAGUUUUUCAACCAAUCCAAAAAUGUCUUGUUAACAAACUAUAGGUUUGGCAAGUCAGUUGUCAUGCACAAAGUAGAUGUCCUAAGUAAUUUUUCCAACAAUUGUUUACAGACAGAUUAUUUCACUUAAUUCACUAUCACAAUUCUAGUGGGUCAGAAGUUUACAUACAUUAAGUUGACUGCCUUUAAACAGCUUUGAAAAUUCCAGAAAAUGAUUUCAUGGCUUUAGAAGCUUCUGAUAGGCUAAAUUGACAUCAUUUGGGUCAAUUGGAGGUGUAGCUGUGGAUGUAUUUCAAGGCCUACCUUCAAACUCAGUGCCCCUUUGUCAAGCUAUUGGAGUGGCCAUCACAAAGCCCUGACCUCAAUCCCAUAGAAAAUGUGUGGGCAGAACUGAAAAAGCGUGUGCAAGCAAGGAGGCCUACAAACUUGACUCAGUUACACACAUCAUGGGAAAAUCAAAAGAAAUCAGCCAAGACCUGCAUUUUUUUUUUUGUAGACCUCCAAGUCUGGUUCAUCCUGGGAGCAAUUUCCAAACGCCUGAAGGUACCACGUUCAUCUGUACAAACAAUAGUAAGCAAGUAUAAACACCAUGGGACCACGCAGCCGUCAUACCGCUCAGGAAGGAGACGCGUUCUGUCUCCUAGAGAUGAACGUACUUUGGUGCGAAAAGUGCAAAUCAAUUGAAGAACAACAGCAAAGGACCUUGUGAAUAUGCUGGAAGAAAUGGGUACAAAAGUAUAUAUUCACAGUAAAACGAGUCCUAUGUCGAUAUAACCUGAAAGGCCGCUCAGCAAGGAAGAAGUCACUGCUCCAAAACCGCCAUAAAAAAGCCAGACUACAGUUUGCAACUGCACAUGGGUACAAAGAUUGUACUUUUUGAAGAUAUGUACUCUGGUCUGAUGAAACAAAAAUAGAACUGUUUGGCAAUAAUGACAUCGUUACGUUUGGAGGAAAAAGGGGGAGGCUGGCAAGCUGAAGAACACCAUCACAACCGUGAUGCACGGGGUGACAGCAUCAUGUUGUGGGGGUGCUUUGCUGCAGGAGGGACUGGUGCACUUCACAAAAUAGAUGGUAUCAUGAGGCAGGAAAAUUGUGUAUAUAUUGAAGCAACAUCUCAAGACAUCAUACAGGAAGUUAAAGCUUGGUCGCAAAUGGGUCUUCCAAAUGGACAAUGACCCCAAGCAUACUUUCAAAGUUGUGGCAAAAUGGCUUAAGGACAACAAAGUCAAGGUAUUGGAGUGGCCAUCACAAAGCCCUGAUCUCAAUCCUAUAGAAAAUGUGUGGGUAGAACUGAAAAACUGCAAGAAAGGAGGCCUACAAACCUGACUCCGUGACACCAGCUCUGUCAAGAGGAAUGGGCCAAAAUUCACCACUAAGCUUGUGGAAGGCUACACAAUUCUUGACUCAAGUUAAACAAUUUAAAGGCGCUGCUACCAAAUACUAAUUGAGUGUAUGUAAACUUCUGACGCACUGGGAAUGUGAUGAAAGAAAUAAAACCUGAAAUAAUUAUAUCUCCUGUUAUUCUGACAUUUCACUUUCUUAACAUAAAGUGGUGAUGCUAACUGACCUAAGACGGGUAAUUUUUACUAGGAUUACAUUUUAGGAAUUGUGAAACUGAGUUUAAAUGUAUUUGGCUAAGGUGUAUGUAAACUUCCAACUUCAACUGUAUAUAAACUCAGCACAAACAAAACGUCCUCUCACUGUCAACUGCGUUUAUUUUCAGCGAACUUAACAUGUUAUGUUCAUACAAAUAUUUACACAAGAUUUAACAACUGAGACAUAAAUUGAACUAGUUCCACAGACGUGACUAACAGAAAUGGAAUAAUGUGUCCCUGAACUAAGGGGGGGUCAAAGUAACAUUAUCUGGUGUGGCCACCAGCUACAUUAAGUACUGCAGUGCAUCUCCUCAUGGAUUGCACCAGAUUUGCCAGUUGUUACUGUGAGUUGUUACCCCACUCUUCCACCAAGGCACCUGCAAGUUCCCGGACAUUUCUGGGGGAAAUGGCCCUAGCUCUCACCCUCCUAUCCAACAGGUCCCUGAUGUGCUCAAUGGGAUUGAGAUCUGGGCUCUUUGCUGGCCAUGGCAGAACACUGACAUUCCUGUCUUGCAGGAAAUCACGCACAGAAUGAGCAGUAUGGCUGGUGGCAUUGUCAAGCUGGAGGGGCAUGUCAGGACGAGACUGCAGGAUGGGUACCACAUGAGGGAGGAGGAUGUCUUCCCUGUAACGCACAGCGUUGAGUAUGUAACCCCCUAGGCUAAGGACUUCUCCAAAAGCUAAUUGGAGUCAGCUAACCUGGAGUCCAAUCAAUGAGAUGAGAUUGGAGAUGUUGGUUAGAGUUGCAUUGCCCUAUAAAUAACACUCACAAGUUUGUUUGCUAUUCACAAGAAGCAUUGCCUGAUGUGAACCAUGCCUUGAACAAAAGAUCUCAGAAGAUUAAGAAUUAUUGACUUGCAUAAAGCUGGGAAGGGUCACAAAAGUAUCUCAAAGCCUUGAUGUUAAUCAGUCCAAGGUAAGACAAAUGGUCUAUAAAUGGAGAAAUUUCAGCACUGUUGCUUUGCUCCCUAGGAGUGGCCAUCCUGCAAAGAUGAUUGCAAGAGCACUUCACAGAAUGCUCAAGGAGGAUAAGAAGAAUCCUAGAAUGUCAGCUAAAGAGUUACAGAAAUCUCUGGAAUAUGCUAACAUCUCUUACGUGUCUACGAUACGUAAACCACUAAACAAGAAUGGUGUUCAUGGGAGGACACCACGGAAGAAGCCACUGCUGUCCCAAAAAAACAUUGCUGCUCGUCUGUGGUUUGCAGUAGUGCACCGGGAUGUUCCACAGCACUACUGGCAAAAUAUUCUGUGGACAGAUGAAACUACAGACAUUUGCAGGAGAAUGUAAGGCUAUCUGUCCGCCAAUUGAAGCUCAACAGAAGUUGGGUGACGGUACAGGACAACCCAAAACACAGAAGUAAAUCAACAACAGAAUGGUUUCAACAGAAGAAAAUACGCCAUCUGGAGUGGCCCAGUCAGAGUCCUGACCUCAACCUGAUUGAGAUGCUGUGGCAUGACCUCAAGCAGUUCACACCAGACAUCCCAAUAAUAUUGCUGAACUAAAACAGUUUUAUAAAGAGGAAUGUUCUGCAACUACAGAAAAUGUUUGGGUGAGGUUAUUACUGCCAAAGGAGGGUCAACCAGUUAUUAAAUCCAAGGGUUCACAUACUUUUCCCACCCUGCACUGUGAAUGUUUACACUGUGUGAUCAAUAAAGACAUGAAAACGUCAAUUUAUUAGUUUUAAGCAGACUGUGUUUGUCUAUUGUGACCUAGAUGAAGAUCAGACCAAAUUGUAUGACCAAUUUAUGCAGAAAUCCAGGUAUUUCCAAAGGGUUCACAUACUUUUUCUUUAUACAAGGUCCCACAGUUGACAGGGCAUGUCAGAGCAAAAACCAAACCAUGAGGUCGAAGGAAUUUUCUGUAGAGCUCCGAGACAGGAUUGUGUCGAGGCACAUAUUUGGGGAAUGGUACCUAAACAUGUUUGCAGCAUUCGAAGGUCCCCAAGAACACAGUGACCUCCAUCAUUCUUAAGUAGAAGAAGUUUGGAACCACCAAGAUUCUUCCUAGAGCUGGCCACCUGGCCAAACUGUGCAAUUGGGGGAGAAGGGUCAGGGAGGUUACCAAGAACCCGAUGGUCACUCUGACAGAGCUCCAGAGUUCUGUGGAGAUGGGAGAACCUUCUAGAAGGACAACCAUCUCUGCAGCACUCCACCAAUCAGGCCUUUAUGGUUGAGUGGCCAAGUGGAAGCUGUGCCUCAGUAAAAGGCACAUGACAGCCCUCUUGGAGUUUGCCAAAAGGCACCUAAAGGACUCUGACCAUGAAAAACAAGGUUCUCUGGUCUGAUGAAACCAAGAUUGAUCUCUUUGGCCUGAAUGCAAAGCGUCACAUCUGGAGUAAACCUGGCACCAUCCCUACGUUUAAGCAUGUUGGUGGCAGCAUCAUGCUGUGGAUGUUUUUCAAUGGCAGGGACUAGGAGACUAUUCAGGAUUGUGAGAAAGAUGAACGGUGCAAAGUACAGAGGGAGCCUUGAUGAAAAUGUGCUCAGGACCUCAGACUGCUAUCAAGGUUCACCAUCCAACAGGACAAAGACCCUAAACACACAGCCAACACAAUGCAGGAGUGGCUUCUGAACAAGUCUCUGAAUGUCCUUGAGUUGCCCAGCCAGAGCCCGGACUUGAACCUGAUCGAACAUCUCUGGAGAGACCUGAAAAGAGCUGUGCAGCGACGCUGCCCAUCCAACCAAACAGAGCUGGAGAGGAUCUGCAGAGAGGAAUGGGAGAAACUCCCCAAAUACAGGUGCGACAUGCUUGUAGCGUCAUACCCAAGAAGACUCGAGGCUGUAAUCGCUGCCAAAGGUGCUUCAGCAAAGUACUGAGUAGAGAGUGAAUACAUUUCAUAUUUCAGUAGUUUUUUUCAUAAACUUGCAAAAUUUCUAAACCUGUUUUGCUUUGUCAUUAUGGGGUAUUGUGUGUGUAUAUAUGGGGGGGGGGGGCUAUUAUUGAAUCAAUUUUAGAACAAGUCUGUAAUUUAACAAUGUGGAAAAAGUCGAGGUCUGAAUACUUUCCGAAUGCACUCAAGUUUUGAGGGAUCAUGCUGACUGCAGGAAUGUCCUCCAGAGCUGUUGUCAGAGAAUUGAAUGUUCAUUUCUCUACCGUAAGGCACCUCCUACGUCAAUUUUGAGAAUUUAGCAGUACGGCCAACCGGCCUCAACUGCAGAACACGUGUAAUCACGCUAGCCCAGAACCUCCACAUCUGUUUUUUAACCUGCGGGAUCGUCUGAGACCUGCCACCCGGACAGCUGAUGAAACGGAGUAUGCACAACCGAAGAAUUUCUGCACAAACUGUCAGAACCAUCUAAGGAAGCUCAUCUGCAUGCUCGUCGUCUUCACCAUGGUCUUGACUUGACUGCGGUUCGGCAUAACCGACUUCUGUGGGGAAAUGCUCACCUUCGAUGGCAACUGGCAUGCUGUAGAUGUGUGGUUUUACAGAUGAACAGUACCAAGCAGAUUGUAUGGUGUCGGGUGGACUAGCCUUUGUAUGGCGUCGGGUGGACUAGCAGUUUGCUGAUGUCAAUGUUGUGAACAGAGUGGCCUAUGGUGGCAGUGGUGUUAUGGUAUGGGCAGGCAUAAGCUACGGACAAUGAACACAGUUGCAUUUUAUCGAUCACAAUUUGAAUGCACAGAGAUACCGUGAUGAGAUCCUGAGGCCCAUUGUGCCGCCAUCACCUGAUGUUUCAGCAUGAAAAUGCAAGGAUCUGUACACAAUUCCCAGAUGCUGAAAAUGUACCGGUUCUUCCAUGGCCUGCAUAAUUACCUGACAUGUCAACCAUUGAGCAUGUUUGGGGUGCUCUGGAUUGACAUGCGUGUUCCAGUUCUCGCCAAUAUCCAGCAACUUCUCACAGCCAUUGAAGUGGGACAACAUUCCACAGGCCACGAUCAACAGCCUGAUCAACUCUAUGCGAAGGAAAUGGUCACACCAUUUAAGGUACUGUAGCUGUGACCAACAGAUGCAUAUCUGUAUUCCCAGUCAUGUGAAAUCCAUAGAUUAGGGCGUAAUGAAUUUAUUUCAAUUGACUCAUUUCCUUAUAUGAACUGUAGCUCAGUAAAGUCUUGGAAAUUAUUGCGUUUUGUAUUUUUGUUCAGUGUAUAAACAAAUCAAGGUAGCUGCUGAAAAAUAUUCUUCCACUUCAAGAUAUUUACUAAAAUAGUCUGAGCGUCAUGCGUCUCACCCGACAGCAUGAGUUUGGCGCCUGAGACAGAUAAUUUGAAUCUAUAGUAGGCAUAAGAUAUAACUGUUAAAUAGUGUUAGGUACAUUUUUACAUGAGGCUUCGGAUUAGUUAUAGUAUUUUUUUUAGCUUUUUACCCAUAGUACAGUGUAGUCUAAAGCAUUCAUGCUGUGAAACACUUGAAAUUACAGGAAAGUCUUCGUGUCGGUGAGUUACUAAACAUUCUAGAGCAGCUAGGUUAGCUACUGAACCUACCAGGACAAUUAGGUGAGUUACUGAACCUACUAGGACAGCUAGGUGGCUGUGUCCUUAUCCUCAGUAGGAAUUUUGUCCAGUAUGCUUGCUUUGCGUUAUUUGGAAUCCUUUCUUUACAGACUAUUGCCUACAGCAUUUUAUGGGAUCUUAAAUUCUUGAUGAGGAACCUGGCCCUGGGCGGGGGGCUCCUGCUGUUGCUAGCCGAGUCACGUGGAGAGGGGAAGAGCAUGUUUGCUGGGGUGCCGUCAAUGGGAGAGCACUCGCCUAAGCAGUACAUGCAGCUGGGCGGACGGGUUCUCUUGGUGCUCAUGUUCAUGACCCUGCUGCACUUUGACCCUAGCUUCAUCUCUAUUCUGCAGAACCUGGUGGGCACAGCUCUGAUCGUGCUGGUGGCAAUUGGCUUCAAGACCAAGCUGGCUGCCCUCACCCUGGUGUUGUGGCUGUUUGCCGUCAACGUAUACUUCAAUGCCUUCUGGAUGGUGCCCACCUACAAGCCCAUGCACGACUUCCUCAAAUACGACUUCUUCCAGACCAUGUCGGUGAUCGGUGGGCUGCUACUGAUUGUGGCUCUGGGGCCCGGUGGGGUGUCCAUGGACGAGAAGAAGAAGUUGUGGUGAGACUCGACCCAAGUUACCAGGACCGACAGGACUGGGGCCCCCCCCCCCCCGCCCCUUACCGAACAUGGCCUAAGCAGUACGCACCUCCUCCCUCUAACCCCCUCCCCUCAGCACUCUCACUCCCUCGCUAACUUUUCUGUGACUGUCCUCCACAGGCACUUUUACAAAUGGUUUGCAGUCUUUAUUUUGCUACUGUAGCUCGUUGUGACAUGGCCAUCUCUCGAUUUGGGGAUAUCCAAGACAUCACUAAUAUUUUUUUUGUCUUUUUAUUUUUUAGUGAUCAAUUUAAGGUAUUGUCUUUAAUGGUGUAUUUGUACAAUUUGUAUACUGUAAUUGUUUCAUGCUUCUUUUGCUAUUUUUUUGUGCGCAUCUUUUGUCUAUGCUUUCGAUAAUGCCAGCCCUUAACUAAAGACACAACCCACUGUUUUAGAGGACAUGUUUUACACUAUUGUGUGUAAAUGAUGGUAGCUGCUUUUGUGCUGAUUUUGAGUUAGCGCAGAAUAGAUACAUUACUAUAUUUAUGGUCAGGUAGGUUUCUACGAAGGGGCAAAUGCAGUACUUUCUAUCAAAUAUUUUAAGUUAGGAUGAACAAGGGAUAAAAAAAAAAGUACCUUUGGCUAGUCACAAUUUUACAGUUCAAUGAACUGGAGCGACAGGUAGCUUAGUGGUUAGUGUUGGGCCAGUAAACGAAAUGAUGCUAGAUCGAAUCCCCGAGCUGACAAGGUAAAAAUCUGUCGUUCUGCCCCUGAAAAAGGCAGUUAACCCGCUCUUCCUAGGCCGUAAUUGUAAAUAAGAAUUGGUUCUCAACUGACGUGCCAAGUUAAAAUAAAAAGCAUGUUAGCUGCUUUUUACUGUAUUUGUCUUGGUCCACGUUCUGAGUUUCUGUGUGCCUAUUCAAAUGCCUUGUAGACUCCCAUGAACACCUCAAGCCAUUUAAUGUACAGACACUUUCACAUGAGGAGAUUUAUAUUCUGUUCUUUAUUUAAAUUGUCACAAGUAUGAGUCCUCAUAGCAUUCCAUAUGACAAAUGUGAGUGCUGUCAAUUGAGUCCAAAGUUUACAAUUGGUUAAUUAUAGUAUUCUAUAUCAUCCAGCACAACAGGGCCAUUUAGCUUUAAAGCCCUCUAUCGUUGGUCUCACUCAGUGUUUUUCCAUUUAAAGUAUGAGAAAAGUAAUGAUUUUCUAUUGUUUAUAAAUCAUAAACAAAAACAUUAA